AUGUCUCGUCGUUGUGCGAUCGAUACUUGUCAACAAUCUUCACGUGUUUUGUGUUAUUGUUGCAAUGAAAAUCUUUGUCUCGAACAUUUAUCUACGCAUAAAAAUUCGAAAUCGUUUCUCGAACAAAUCAAAUCUUUCAAUGAAGAAGUACAAAAGUUUGACGCGGAGAAAUUCAUCGAACGCGACCGGAAGAAAUUAAAUAAAUGGCGUGAAGAAAGUUUAAAGAAAAUUCAGCGUUAUUACGAAAACAAAUGCGAAGAACUCGAUCAGUUUUACGAGCGAAAAAUUCACGAACAGAGAAAAGAAGUUGACGCUUUACAACGACGAGUGAUUUAUUAUAAUCAAUAUGAAUAUUCAACAACGAUUGCUGAACUCAAACAGAAGUUUUCAUCGAUUCAACAAAAUGGAAUUCCCAUUCAUUUUCGUUCAUUAACCAUUGAUCCAAAUUGUAUCGCAAUUGGCGAAUUUAAACGAGAAGAUUUUGAUUUGAACGAACUUUCAUUACCCUAUGAAAGAUUAAAUAUACCAAAAACAGCAACUUUUUCAAUGACGAGUAGUGAAAAAUAUUUCCUAAUUGAUCAAAACUCGGAUUUAGUCUUAGUCGAUCAAGAUUCACGAAUUGUUAAACAAAUUCCAUGGCAAUUCGGAAGUAUUCGUGAUAUGUGUUGGUCAUUUGCUUUAACAAGUUUUAUUUUAAUCACAGAAAUUAAUAAAACAUAUUUACUCAAAGAAAAAACUCUUUCAAUUACUUGUCUCGAAUCAAUGGCCAAUCAAUUGUGGAUUUUAUGCACAUGUUCCAAUUCGUUAUUAUAUUUAGUUUCAUUAAAUCACGCCAUUGUGGAGUUUUGUCUUUUACCAAGGUUAAUUUCUAAUCGUCGAUGGGAUCAACCAGAUACGUGUCAAAAAUUUGAAACAAUUAAAGAUAUUUCAUCAAGUGAUGAUUUAUUGGCAUUGAUUAUUACAUCGGAGAAAACUCAAAUGGUUCAUUUAAUUCUUCGUUCAUUGGCGACAUUUGAUCAAAUAUUUUCAAUUCAAUUGGAUAUUGUCAAUCAUCGAUCGUAUCGACUAUCGAUGCGUUGUUGUUUAUUCAAAAAGAAUCAAUGGUUGAUUUGUGAUGCAAAUACUUCACGACUUUUUCAUAUUGGAAAAGAUGGUAAAGUGAAAGGAACAUUCAAAUAUGAACAAGAACCUUUUCAUCUUGCUGUUUUCGAUUCAAAAAUCUUGGCAAUUCGAACGGAGAACACCGUUGAUUUUCAUCAUUUAUAA